GGCCCGGAAGCGGAAUUGGCGCGGGGCGGCCAUGGCGCGGGAGAAGCYGGAGCCCGCGGCCGAGGCUGAGGCGACACCGGAGCGCUCGUACCGGGAGCAGCUCGACUUCCUGAACCCCAUCGCGCAGCCGCUGGCGUCCCGCAAGCUGACGCGAAAGCUCUACAAGUGCAUCAGGAAAGCCGCCAAGCACAAACAGAUCCGCCGCGGUGUGAAGGAAGUGCAGAAGUUCAUCAACAAGGGCGAGAAGGGGAUCACGGUGCUGGCCGGRGACACGCUGCCCGUCGAUGUUUACUGCCACAUCCCCAUCAUGUGCGAGGACAGGAGCCUCCCUUACGCAUAUGUCCCUUCCAAAUCGGACCUGGGAGCUGCAGCCGGCUCCAAGCGCCCGACCUGYGUGAUCAUGAUCAAACCCCACGAGGAGUACCAGGAGAACUACGACGAGUGCUUGGAGGAGGUGUCGGCCCUUCCCUUGCCGCUGUGAAGAGACAGACCAGGGCUGUGCCCUGCGGAGCUGUGGCAGGUCCCACCCCCUUGCCCGGGGGCCACGGGACUUUUUAUGGGGGACUGAUGGGGGGUGGAGAGCGCUGUGGGGUGAAUAAAGGUGUCUGUGGA